CUAAAAGUAAAUAUCUCUAAAAACAGAGGAUAGAGUAAAUUAUUUAUAAAUAAAUAUGUUUAGUGUUCAAAAUAUAUUUAAAAAUGCCCGAAUAAAUACGUACUCGGUUUUGCAAGUUAGGCUUAAAUCAAAAACUCACUGGUCAAAAUUAAAAAAGAAGAGUGGUCCAAAAUACAAAGCUUUACACCACUUCGAUGAGUUUUACGGAUCAGUCUUCGGUAGUAAAUGGGAGCCGAUGCGAGAAGCGCUAUUGCGAAAGUCUAAGUAUGUAGCGGUUAUUAACAAUUAUGGCGAUUCCGAAGAAACUAUGGAAUAUCUAUCGCACCGAGGUGCUCAUUGCCUCAAAAAUUUGAUGUCUGUGCAAAAGACGUUUCAUGAUCAAUAUACACCACAAGAAUCAACCGAAGCAGUUAACAGCCAAAAUAAUAAUUUAGACAACUAUUUAGCUAAAUUACAAAGUGAGGAAAUAGCAAAAGUUUAUCCACAAGGUGAAAAUGUACCAGACAAAUUAGAAUUAAGUGAUAACAGGAUACUACGGACAGACAAAAAAGAAGAGGAAAAAGAAGAAGUUUCAAAAUCAGCAUACACCCUGAACAAAGCAUUGGAGGAAGCGCAGAUAGACCAUUCUCGUAUUAUUCAGCCAUCAAUGGGUUUGUCUUCAGAAGCUUUGUACCAGUAUGUGCCCGCAACAAAGAUUAAAGGACUUGAUGAUUGGGUACCAGAGUCUAUGCACUAUUCACUUUAUGCUAAUAGAGAUACAGAUUUUCCACUUAUCAUUGAACCAGAGACAGAAUUUGAAUAUCCCAAACAUUUAAAAGUGAUGACAUUCGAAAAGAAUAGUGAAUAUGAAAAAUUUCCUGAGCCAAAGAGAUGUAAAACAGGAGUGUUCAACUACUACCCCAUGGACGGUGCCAGCGUGCUGGGCGUGCUGGCGCUGUGUCUGCGCGGCGGCGAGCGCGCGCUCGACCUCUGCGCCGCGCCCGGUGGCAAGGCGCUCACGGCGCUGCAGACGCUGCUGCCCGACGUGCUGCUCUGCAACGACGCGUCCGUGUCGCGCUCCAACAGAAUAACUCGAAUAUUCCGGGACUACCUUUUAGACUACGAGAAUGGCAACAAAUGGCAGGAACGGGUUUUGAUAUCACGAGUUGACGGACGGUUCCUCACCGACGAUUUUGGCUUUGAUAAGGUUUUAGUAGAUGUGCCUUGCACAACAGACAGACAUUCAGUCACGGAGGACGAGAACAAUAUAUUUCGACCGGAUCGUGUUAAGGAGAGGCUGAACAUUCCGGAGGUCCAAACACAGCUAUUGGUCAACGCGCUGCGGCUGUCGCGCGUGGGCGGCGCGGUGGUGUACUGCACGUGCGCGCUGAGCCCGGCGCAGAACGACGGCGUCGUGCACGCCGCGCUGCAGCGCGCCUUCCGCGAACACGCGCUCGUGGCCGCCGUCAGAGACUUAACAAAACCAUUCAGUGCCCUGAGCAGUACUCUGUGCCUGGCCACAGGAGCAGCGCGACCCAAAUACGGGCAACUUGUGGUUCCCGACAUCGCCGCCAACUUCGGCCCCGCCUACAUAUCGCGGCUUGUUAGAUUAAAGUGAUCACCAAAUUAGUUACUUUAUAAAUAAAGAUUUGAAUAGUUAUUGCAUUUUUU